GAAUCCGCGCUGCCACUACCUGAGGUGCUUGCUGGAUCCCAGCGCCCGAAAGGCCGGCUGAGCCAAGCCAUAGGCGGCAACCCUCCACGCCCAGUCACGUAAGGCGGUUCCUCCUCGAUCUUGGCUACUCCUCGCACCAUUUGAUUGGGCUUUUCGAACUGUGCGGGCGGACGCAGACAAAUAAAUCAGGGAGAGCUGGAAAGGCCUCGCUGCAGCUGUCCUGGCGGAUGAUGCGUGGGGAAGCUUGAGUCUGGGGGCUGUUGCUUAAGGAGAGAUCACCAUGCAGAAUAUGGUUCAGGUGUGGUUUGGAGAUGAUCCCCCUCUAAGUCCACGAAGUCCACUGACUCCAAGGCACGGCCCAGGCUUAGCAGAUGUUCUACUUUAUGACCAGUGGAUAUCAGUGCGGCAUGAGGCAACUCUGGUUCCUAUGCAAGAGGACCUGUCAAUCUGGCUAUCUGGCUUAUUGGGUUUACCACUUACAGCUGAAAAGUUGUUGGAAGAACUUGAUAAUGGUGUAUUGCUGUGCAUGUUGAUUGAAGUAAUCCAAAACACAGUUAAAAACUGCUGUGACCCAACUGAUUUAAGGGAUUUUCCAUUGAGAAAGGUCCCCUGUAAGAAGGAUGCAUCCUCUGGAUCCUUUUUUGCUAGAGAUAACACAGCAAACUUUCUAAACUGGUGUAGACGCAUUGGAGUGGAUGAGACUUAUCUCUUUGAGUCUGAAGGCUUAGUCCUGCAUAAGGAUCCAAGACAAGUAUAUCUCUGUCUUCUAGAAAUUGGUCGCAUUGUAUCAAGAUAUGGAGUGGAACCACCUGUAUUAAUAAAACUGGAGAAAGAAAUUGAACUGGAAGAGACUCUACUAAUGUCUUCUAAUCCUGUAGCUUCUGCCAUCACCCUCAAAUCAUGUUGUCAGCAUGGAGAGUUACAUGAAGCAGUUAAACACAUUGCUGAAGAUCCCCCUUGCAGCUGCUCUCACAGAUUUUCAAUUGAGUAUUUAUCUGAAGGACGCUAUAGAUUGGGAGACAGAAUACUCUUCAUUCGAAUGUUACAUGGCAAGCAUGUGAUGGUACGUGUCGGUGGAGGCUGGGAUACUCUUCAAGGUUUCCUGCUUAAAUAUGACCCUUGCCGAGUUCUGCAGUUUGCAACGUUGGAACAAAAAAUCUUAGCAUUUCAAAAAGGUGCAUCUAGUGAGAUGGUUCCUGAUUCAUCUGCCAGAACCCCACAGCCUCCUCUCAUGAAUCCCAUAUCAGCUGUUGAUACAUAUCAGAAGCAAAAUUCAAAGCCCUCUACUCCUGUUUCAGUUCCAAAGAACUCUCAUGUGCCUCAUAGGAAGCAAGUGGUAGCUAAGUCUCCCAAGUCAGCUGCCCUUUCUUCCUCAAAAGCAACAGCACACACACCUUCAACCAAAUUUGCAUUGGCUCAUUCCCAGUCAAAAGGGCCUUCAGUAAAUAACAGCCAGCCCUCUUCUAAAUCUUCCUCUGCUAUUUUAAAAAAAUCACCAUAUCCUGCUCAUAAAUCAGCAUGUAUUUCAAAAUUCGUGCAACCUACAAAUAUACAUUCUUCAUCUGCCUUACUGAAAACUGCUACAGGUUCUUCAGACUUGCCUCCAAAACGUAUUUUGUCAUCAGUCAAACCUGCUCAUUUCCAGAAUUCUUCAGCCACAUCUCAUCCAGUUCUUUCUUGUUCAGCAAGCAAACUUUCUGAGCUUCCUGGGACAACUAAAAAAGUGACUUCCAAACAAGAUUGCAUUUCAUCUAAUAGCAAAACUGGGCAAAGUGCCAAAUCUAAGCCACCUCUUGCAAAACAAUCAGCACCAACUAAGAGAAACCAUCAUGUCCCUAGCCCAGCAUGCUCUCAACAGUCUUCCGCAAAAUCUGCUUCUAAACCUACCUCUCAAACUUUACCAUCAUCCAGAGGCAUGCCAGAAACUAACCAAGUCAAAAAUAGCAGAACUGCUGCUAGUUCCAAACAACUAGGUUCAGCUUCCUCACUUACAGCAGAUAAAUCAUCACAGUCAACAUCUGCUAUAAAAACAAGAGGUAAAACUGCAUCUUCACUUGUGAGCAGCCAGUUUUCAGCCAAUGUAAAGGUCCAGAGUAGCAGGACAAGACCUCAGGUAGAAUCCAUCACUUCAAAAUGUCCUGAGCGUACUCCGCUGUCAGUUGUGCGUCUCCCCCAGAUGUCAACCAUAGCUGCGACCAGGAAGAAGACAAUGCAGGCUGCCACCAAAAAUCAGUCAUCAUUUAAAGCCUUCCAGAAGAGUGAUAAAAUCAAUGAUCCAGCUAACAAGAAUCCUUUAAAACCAAAAGCCCCAACUACAGCUGUUAAAGUAACACCUGGUGGUUUACAGGGUACUACUAUGAAGACUAAACAAGAUGAUAAUUAUUUUGUCAUGACUGGAAAUAAGAAACCCAGGAAAUAAAAUACCAGGAAUAUUUACUGACGGUCAUACUUGUUUUUCCUAUAAUUCCUUUGUGAAGUGAAUACGGAUAUUAAAUUAACAUGGUAACUGAAAUUGUAACCUCUUUUGUAAUGAUGCAGAUUGAGAUGGGUCAGCCACUACUUUUGAAGGGAGCUAAAAACAUUUUUUUGUCCUUUAUACCAUUGUCUUCCCUAAGGCAGAAGUAUAGUGAAUCUUCACAGGCCAUUUUUGGUUGCAUUAUGUACAGCUAAGGCCAUUUUUCAUGUUCCAUGCUUGAUGUAAUGAAGUCUUCACAAGAUGGCAUGGUUAGCAGUUUAAUACGGUAAAUAUUUUUAGUCCCAUAUGCUGUUAUCUAGUAUGUACCAUGUCAAUGGAAAUUUUGAGAAUAGCAAACUUCUGUGUUAGCAAAGACAAAGUGUUGCUAUUUAUCAUUUAUUCCUAAUAUUUACAGAUAUAAGAGCCGGGGUGGUUUUUGAUAAAUGACCUUAAAAACUCAAAGUGAAUUUGAAAAUAGGGCCUCACUAUUGUAUCGUAUUUUAAAUAAGAAAUUUGUCAGUUGGCUAGAAAUAUACAAUAUGGAUUAGAAACUGGUAUGGGAUUGGGAUCAAGCUUGAUCACCCAAGCAUAUGUAUUGUAUUAGACUUUAACUUUUUAAUUUUUUUAUUCUUGUAUUGUGACAGUCCAGUUAAGCUUUCAGUACCACCAGAUCACUUUGCAAAUCUUUGCCUUAAACAGGAUUAGCCUCAGGAGUGCCUUAGCAACAUGAUGUGCACUUUUAAUUUUUAAUCACAGGAUGCUGUUAUUAUUACCUUGAUCCAGGUAUAUGUUUGGCUUCCUAAUAAGAGUCAACUUCAAGCCAUGCUGAGAUCUACUGCAGUUAAGCAAAGAAAACGGGGCAUGUUGUAGAAAACCAGUUUAAUAAACACUGAUUUUGUGUAA